GGAGCCGUCGGCAGGACGUCGUAGAUCAAUGAACGGGACCGUAGGUUCGGUCCAUCGUUUCAAUUCAUCUGGAGAUAUAUAGAUGUGUCAGUGCCUAUGUAGAUUAGGGAGGGUCCUCCUUUAAGCUUGAUUUGAGGGUAUAUUUUUAACGAUGCGGAUGUUUUAGCGGGAUGGAUUAUUAAGGAAAACCGUCCGUGUGUCGUGUGUCUGCUCUAAUUAGGAAAAAUAAACCACAACUAACCACCAGGAUGAUCUUUGCAAAUACAGGCAACCCGUUGAAGACUACCAAUCGAAAGCAGUCUUACCCCAUGACUCCGCCCAGCCCCAGCAGCAGCAGUAACAGCAGCAGUACCGGCUGGGAACAGCUGAGUAAAACCAACCUGUACAUCCGGGGGUUGCCCCCGGCAACCACCGACUUGGACCUCAUCAAACUCUGCCAGCAGUAUGGAAAGAUCCAGUCAGCUAAGGCCAUCUUAGACAAGACAACCAACAAAUGCAAAGGAUACGGCUUCAUAGACUUUGAUAGCCCCGCGGCGGCGCUCAAGGCCGUGCACGCUCUCAAAACCAGCGGGAUCCAAGCCCAGAUGGCCAAGCAGCAACAGGAGCAGGACCCCACCAACCUGUACAUCUCCAACCUGCCCCUGUCCGUGGACGAGCAGGAGCUGGAGGCUCUGCUGCAGCCCCUGGGCCAGGUGGUGUCCACGCGCGUCCUCCGCGACUACAGCGGCAACAGCCGGGGCGUCGGCGGAUGA